AUGGAUCAAGUAACUGUUGAAAAACUAAUUCAGAAAUAUAAGGAUAAUGGAGAAUUGGAAAGGGAAGAUCCAGCACUUGUGAUGUUAAAACAGUGGCCAGGGUCUAAACAGUACAAAGAUAACCCUGAAGCACUUCCAGGCCUUGAACAGAAGGUAAAGUCGAAUAAUCUGUGUUUGGAUCAUUAGUCAAUUAUUUUCUUGAUGAAAAUUGAAGGGCAUAUUAUGCAUUAUGUCAUGCGAGAGGAAAGCUUCUGUAAAGUGGUAAUUGCUAUGCCAAAUAAUUAAAUGAAAAUUUUUAAAAUGAUGACGCGAUGUACAGGACAAGAAAGACUGGAAUAUCAUUUAUUUAUUAACACUUUGUCAAGUACCAUGUUUGAGAUGACAUUGUUUGUCAACAUAUGAUGAUUGUUGACAUGUUUUCUUGCAGAUCAAUGGUCUCUUUGAGAUUAUUUUAGAAAGUGAACUGAAUGUAUACAAUAAAUAUCGGACAUUCAGAGAUGAAAAAGACAAAACAAGGAAGACAUUGCUGCAUUAUGCCUCAGAACUUGGAUUUUUACUUGUGUGUAAAACAUUGGUGAAGAAAUACCCAGUGCUUCUAAAUUUACAGACAGAGGAAGUUAGGGAAAUACGAACCAUGUUACCAGUUGAGUUGGCCUUGGUUGCAGAAAAUGAUGAAGUGUCAGCAUACUUGAUUAGGAUGAUGUGGCAUGAAAGGUAAAAUGCUAACUGUUGCUUCUAGAAAUGACACUUACUAUUCAAAUUAGGAAAUGUUCCCAAAAAAUUAUCCAAGGGCAAGAUAGAUUACCUCCCUGGCAAGCAGUAAAUCAGUAUGAAAAGCCCAGCUCAAGCUGCAUUUCAAUGCAACUUCAAAAGGGAAGUUUAGUUUGGAUUCCUUUUCGCCCUGUUUUGUUAAAGCAAUAUUUCUGAGAAUAAAAAAAAUGAUACAACCAAAAAAAAAACCCUAAGGAAAGGUUAGAAAUCCAGAAAGCACAUGGUCAGCAAUUCAAGGAAUUGUGUGCGUGAAAUUCAAAACUUAUGUAAAUAUCAAGUAUCUAUUAUUGCCAUGGUACACAUUUACAUCAAGACAAUUAUUUUGGAAUAGAGUCAAUUAGAAUGGUCUGUUAGAGUGUGUGAACUGAAGGCUUAAUUUGGUUACAACAAGUUAUAUUUCAUCACAAAGAUGAUUCAUACAGUGAGGGGAGUUAAAAAUAUAUAUGCAAUCAUCAUCACAAAUAAAUUUACCCAAGCAUUGUAAAAUAUGUCAAAUUGAAACCAGAAAGAACUUGUGGGUUAUAUUACCGAUAUUAAUUUUUCUCAUUCAAUUCAUUUAACCCUUUAACUCCCAGAAGUGAUUAGCAUGUAGCUUCUGGCCUGGAUAUCCAUACAUUUUACAGCAAAAGGGUAAUGACAAUACCAAAACUUAUAUGUUUGAAGUUGUCAUCUUGAUCUAAUACCAAAUUCUCGUCACUAAUUUACAAGGAAAUGUUUAGCAGCUAGAGAGGAGAAUUAGCAAUCAGAUCUUGGGAGUAAAAGGGUGAAAAGAUACAUUAAGAUUGGUAUGGAAAACAAAAAUAAUGAUAUAAGUAAUAAAUUAUUGACAAUGAUGAUAAUGUUAGAAAUAGGUUCUGUGUUGUCAGUUAGGUCAAGUGAUCUGGAGUUCUCAUCAGUUGACAUGUUGUUUUUAUCUGCUGUUAGAGUCCAGAAACUAUUUUUUUGGAGACCAAAAAAUAUCGCAAAUCCAAAGCCAUCUUUCUUCAGUUUUAAGUCCUUUAUUGAGAAUCCAAAAAUGAAGGUGGGUAUUAUGAUUUUGUAUACAUCAACUGAGAGAUACAUGCAGGCCUGUUCCUAUACAAAAUGCAUUUUUUUCAUUGGUACUUAACUCAUCUCAUGCUUUAAAUUUUUCCUCUCAUGCUUAAAUCUUCAUAUUAUCAGAAUAGUUUUUAGCCAAGCAGAUCAUCAAGGAAGACAACAUUGUAACAGUUGUGUUUUGUAGAUUUUUUAAAUGUACUUUUGAACUGCAUUAGGGAAUUUAUAGUUGCCAUUUGUAUUUGAUUUCCACAGAAGACAGUAAUAGCUGUACUAGAUCAGAUGAUGAAUCCCCUCUGGCCACACCUUCCAAAACGUAAAGACAGCUAUGAAAAUGAAAAAGAGAAGGAGGUUGUUGAGGGAGCCUGGCGUACAAUCACAGAUGAUCCUUUGGACUAUCAUUUUUACUAUCAUAUUUUGGAUGGUGAUGAGGGAGGACGACCCCCAAAAGUUAUGAUGCCAGGAGGACAUGCAUGGACGGAAAACAAAUAUUUCAACUGGAGGGACAUGUCUUGUUUACAUGUCAUUGCUAAGAGCAGAAAUUUGGUAAGGUUGAGGUUUUUAAAAAGUAAUUAUUCUGUGUGUGGUAAUCCUGUGUUUGGAGAUAUACAUGCAGGAGUUAUCCAAAAUAUUUGGUUCUCUAGCUUGUUAUAUCAAGGGGUUGUAGCAACACUCUGAGAGUUUUGGGCUCAUUAGCUGAGAUACUGUCUUUUACUCAUGUUCACUAGCUCAUCUAGUUAAAAUCUUUUGAUUUGGUACAUUUCUUGCUGUUCCAGUAGCAUAUCACUCAUAUUCUUGCUUAAACAUUUCUUUCGGUUUUGCAAUUUUUCAGGAGGCACUUCAACAUCCUGUGGUCAGAAUGCUGGUUAAAGCAAAAUGGAAAAGUUAUGGACACUUCUUUCUCAGGUGCAUGUGAACCCAGCGGAAAAAGUUGGUUACCUAAGAUUGUUUCAUCAUUCAAUUGAAAAAAAAAAAAAAAAGAAAUAGAAAUGACUGUGUUGAUCCAAGCUGCUAGUAAUGUAUUGGAGCAAAAGAAGGGUUUAAAGUGGAAUUAUAGAGAAGAAAUAGAGACUGAGGUUAGAGUAAGAAUUCCCGGAGUGUUCCAAUCCAUCUGCCAAAUAAUAGAUUUUUUUAGAUGCCUGGAUAUGGCCUUCAGAUCUGUUACUACAAAAAGCUGAAAUGAAGCACAAAUGAAAGCAUUAUAAUGUAUACUUGUAAAGUAAAAUUUAUUUGUACUUAUUAAUAAUGUUGCUAUUUAUUUCACAGCCUUCAAGCAGCAUUUUAUGUGAUCUUCUUGCUGUGUUUGUCAUAUUCUCUGUUGAGUGCUUCCACAACAGUAGACCCCACCCAAUAUGGGGGGGAACCUGAUUCACUGCGUGGAUUUUGUGAGAUUUUCACCCUAAUUAUGGUGGUCUUUUACAUAUGUGAAGAAAUUAAUCAAAUGAGAUUGUAA